AUUACGUUAUUUGGGCGACCUUGCCAAUGUUUGUAAACACACAGACACGUUUAUCUUCUGCAGGUGUAGUUUGUGAAAUAUUUCAGUUUUAGACAAUAUAAGAACGGUUUCGUGUUGUGACAAUGGAAUACCAGGAAUUGCAAGUGAUUAACGAACAUAACGUUACGGAGGAGGGUCCUCAACGCAAGGAAUCUGGAAAGCGAGGACGUAAACCGGGAAGAAAAUCUGCAGAGAAGGUUGACAUGAAAGCUAAAUUAGAGCGCAGCAGGCAGAGCGCUCGGGAAUGUAGGGCCAGAAAGAAAUUAAGAUACCAGUAUUUAGAAGAGCUAGUUGCUGAUAGAGAAAAGGCUGUGCUGGUACUUAAGAAAGAAUUAGAAAAGUUUCAGUUUUGGGCAAGAGAAAUUGAUGCUGGUCGUAUGCCUGAUGGUAUACAGGAGUUGCUUGAAGAAAUGGGUACCAUUAAAAAAGAGCAGCAGUGAUCGUUGCUAUUAUGUGAUAUUUUUAUUUAAGUGGUUUCACCUCUUGUACUGUAUUAUUCUAUCAUUACAUUUAGCAUUUACUUUUAUUUAAUUCUAAAUGUAAAUAAGAGAUUUACAUAUUGUUGUUAGAUUUACCUGAUUAUAUUUUUCUUUCCAUCAAA